AUGGAACCUUGUGGUACACUUUCAGAGAGAACCAUACACUUGAACACAAGUUAUUGUCUGGAAACUAGAAAAAUGCUUAUUUUUGGCCCCUUAUUCCUAAAUGUUUUGGGCAAUUACCCCCAAACUCAAUUCCAGCUUUCCCUUUGUGAUAUGGAACCUUGUAGUACAAUUUCAGAAAGAUCCAUACACUUACACAUAAGUUAUUGUCAUGAAACUAGAAAAAUGCUUAUUUUUGGCCCCUUUUUGGCCCCUAAUUCCUUAAAUGUUGGUACCAUAACCCCCAAAAUCAAUCCCAACCUUCCUUUUGUGAUAUUGAACCUUAUGGUAAAAUUUCAUCAAGAUCCAUUCACUUAAACUAAAGUUAGAGUGCGAAAACCAAUGUGUCUUCGGACGACGACGCCAACGUCAUACCAAUAUACGUCAGCAAAAAUUUUUUGCGGUCGUAUAAAAACAGUUUUAGACCCUUAUUGGCUCCCAAUUCCUGCUCCGUUUGGGCAAUUACCCCCAAAAUGAAUCCCAACCUUCUACUUGUGGUAUUGAACCUUGUGUACAAUUUCAGAGCAAUUAAAAUACUUUAUACAAGUUAUUGUCCUGAAACUAGAAAAAUGCUUGUGGGUAAAAGGGGGGGGGGGGGGUUCAAAUGACCAUGGCCAAGUAAAACUGCUUACACAUCUUUUAUUCUUAUCAAGUAAUUAUAAAAGAAUUAUUCCUUGUAAAGUUGUUUAAAUAGCUAUGACAAUUUGAUAGCUCACUUCAGAGCGGACACAUUUUCACAUAUGUGGUUAAAUUAUCUGGGUACUAAGUGAGAUUCAUUUCCCAACAAUCUAAUAACUCAAUAGUUUUAAAACCUUUAUUCUAUGGUCCUCUACCCUACAAAUCUUAUACAAUUUUUAUAGCUUCCUAUGCAGAGUGGGUUUUGCUCAUUGUUAAAGGCUGUACCCUGGCCUGGUGGAGAGUUGUCUCAUUGGCAAUCAUAUCACAUCUUAUUUUUAUAGUAAUAAAUAUUACUGGUCAGUAGUUUAAGAAAAAAUUCUCUGUAGAUUGAAGCUGCAUGUGCUUAGAUUGAUCUCUUGCAUAAAAAUAAAAUAAAAUGUUUUCCUGCCUGCUUUCUCUUUGAAAUUUCUUACAUUAGGGGGAAUCAGCAUUCAAUUUCUGGGUACAGAUUUGUUUUAUACAGACGGACAACCACCAUUUCUAUAUUGCCCACACCACACGCAAGACAGGGGACAAAAAUACACUAGUUAUCAACCAUCAAAAAUCGGAAAUACUUCAAUACAUAUAAUGACUAAGUGUGUUAUUGACAUAUACAUAUAUAUAUGUAUAUUUCUACUUUUAGGGAUGCCUAAAAAAAAGCAAUACCUGCAGGAGUCUCUUGAUAAAGCUGUUGGUGCAGUGAAUUCUAACAAAAUGAGCAUUUCAAAAGCAGCUAAAGAAUAUGGGGUUCCGCGGACAACUAUAUCCGACCAUGUCAAUGGAAAAUACGACAACCAUUUGAAUGGGCCUUCAAAAAUGCUAACAGAUGAGGAAGAGACAUCCUUGAUCAACUAUGUCAAGUAUAUGUCUGAAAGGGGUUUCCCAUUGACGAGAAGGAUGUUGAAGGCAUUUGUUCUUUCAAUCGUGGAAAAAUCAGGCAGGAAAACACUAUUUAAUAUGGACAAAGGUCCGAGCAACAAAUGGAUCAACAAACUCCUGAACAGACACAGGGAACUGUCGGAAAAACUUCCUGAACAGCAGGACAAAGCCAGGAGGCGUAUGUCGAAUGUCACAGUUGUGGACCAGUAUUUUAAACUGCUUUCUGACACAGUUGAUAGUUUAGGUUUGACAAAUAAACCUAACCAAAUCUUUAAUUGUGAUGAAUCUGGGUUCAGUGGCAAAGAAAAAAGUAAAGAAAAAGUUUUAACACUAAAAGGUUCCCAUAGUUAUCAGCAAAAAGUGAUGGUGCAUGGUCACAUCACUGUACAUAUGUGCAUAGGUGCUGAUGGACAUGUCCUUCCAUCUUUUAUCAUUUUUGACGACUGCCUUCCACACAGGAACUUUAAAGAUGGUGUUCCAGAUACCUGGCUGUACGGCUCAUCUGAAUCAGGUUAUAUGGACACAGAGUUAUUUGAAAACUGGUUUGACAAAGUGUUCCUCCCAUUCUGUGGAACCAGAAGACCAGUGUUAUUAAUAUUUGACAACCAUGACUCACACAUUAGUAUCGACCUGAUUGAAAAGGCUAAGGCAAACAACAUCCACAUUAUUGGCUUACCACCACACACUACUCAUCUGCUUCAGCCCCUUGAUGUUGCCAUCUUUGGUCCCUUGAAAGAAAAGGUCAACCAAUUAGCUGUGACAGUGGGAAACCUGAACAAGUCUGCCACCAUAGGCAAAGCAAAGUUUCCUGCUUUAUUAAGCACUGCAAUUGACCAGACUUUAUCCUUAGCACGUGUGAAAGAGUCUUUUAGGAAAUCUGGAAUGUAUCCUGUAGACAGGUCCAUAAUUCCCAAUUCUCAACUAGCUCCAGCAGACUUUCAUAAAACUGAAAAGGGAAAUAAAGAGAUUACAGAUGUAGAUGUUACAAUUAUCACUAGUAAUGAGCACCAGGAAUCAACAAUUCUUUGUCACUGUUGUGGCAACACUUUAACAUACACAACAGAAACUGAGCUGAACAAAACAACAGAAAAUCCACUCGUUACAAAAAACUUAAUCCCAAAAAGUUUAGCUGAUGUGUUGUUACCCCCUGCAAAUCCAUCUCAGGCAAAAAAAACUUCUAGUAAAAUUGUAACAGAAGCAAGAGUCAUUACAGGGGAUGAAAUGCUACAGAAACUGCAGUAUAAGCAUGAUGAAGCAAAAAAGUUGAAAGAAGAGAAAGAAAAGAGGAAAACAGAAAGAGCGAGAAAGAAGGAAGAAGCUGAAGUUUUAAAGGAGGCAAAGAAGGAGGAAAGAGAAAGGAAGAAAAGAGACAGAGAAUUGAGAGACACUGAAAAAGAAGACGAAAGAGAGAGGAAGAGACAGAGGAAGGAAGAAAAAAGAAAUAAGCAAUCUAACCAACAAAUAACUGCUCAAGUCCACCAGUAUGCUACAUGUAGUAAUUCAUAUGUAGACAGUAGAAGAAGUAGCAGAGUGAAGACACCUUUAAUAAGGGAAGAGUUUUUACAAUUUGAUAGUGAUAUUGACAUUAUUGAGACAAUGGAAGAAUAGGGAAUAAAACAAAAAUCUAUCCAAAGACUCUUGUCAUACUGAAUUUGAAGAACUGUGCAAUUUGUUUUUAAAUAAUGUUUGAGAUCGCAAUUGCAUUUUAUUGAUUUAAAUUUCAUACUGUUCAUAACAAACUUAUUGCUGCAAUAUUGAUAAAAUUUUGAUAACACAAAUAUCUUCUGUAGGGGAUACAAUCAAUUUUUUCACUUCUAUAUUUCAUGUAAAUUUUAAGCUACAGAAAAUCAUAUUUUUUCCUAAUCUUUAAAUUCAACAUAUUGAUUA